GUGCGUCGUGUAGAAUGUUUAUGUUUGUCAACGUCGUAGGAGGGCGGAGCGUGAUAGAAAGAGAACUGGCGAUUUUUGUUAUUGUGGGAUGUGACUGACGGUGUUCAAGAAUGUCGCGUUUAGUAGUAAAGAAUCUUCCACAGAGUGUCACAGAAGAGAAGAUAAGGAAAAUAUUUAGUGAAAAGGGUGUAAUUACUGAUGUGCAACUGAAAUAUACAAAAGAUGGAAAAUUUCGCCGUUUUGGGUUUAUUGGCUAUAAAACAGAAGAGGAAGCUCUGAGAGCAUUAGAAUAUUUCAAUAAUACUUGUAUCAAUGCUUCAAGGAUAAAAGUGGAGAUCUGUGCUGGCUUAGGUGAUCCAACAAAGCCAAAAGCAUGGAGCAAGUAUUCAUUUGAUAGCUCUGCAUAUAAGAAAAGUCAUGAGACAACAGAUGCUGUGAAUGAAGAUGGCAAGGAAAAAAGUAACUUGGGCAAAAAAGCAAGAGACAACAUAAUCAAGGAAGUGCUUGAUAAGCAUAAAGAUGAUCCACUAUUUGCUGAAUUUAUGGAAGUACGUGCAAAAACAUCUAAGAUACCAUGGAAUAAUGAUAUUCUCAUUUCUAAACCUGAGAAUGAAAGAACACUUGCUAUCCAUGACAGCAAACAUUCAGAUGAUUCCGGCAAUGAAAGUGAAGGUGAAGAACAGCAAUCAGAGGAUGUGAAAACUUUGAGUAACAAUGACAGUGUGGCAAAGAAGAAUAUAUCUGAUCUUGAGUACCUGAAGCUGAAGACAGUGAAAAAUGAUGACCAUACAGAUGCUCCACCAUCUGGAGAUAUUCCACAAAAGAAGCAGAAUGACAAACCACUUCAAAAAUUCUUUACUGUCAAAGUCCGUGGGUUGGCCAUCAGUGCUAAAAAGAAAGACAUAAAACAGUUCUUUCAUCCAUUGAAGCCAAAAUCAAUCAGAAUUCCUGUCAAAAUAAAAGGAAUAGCAUAUGUCUGUUUCAAAACAGAAAAGGAAAUGAAGCAGGCUUUAGUAAAAAAUAAGAGCUUUUUGGCUGGUCGAAGAAUAUGGGUUCUGAAAUACAUUUCAAAAUCUGAAGAAACAGCUGAAGAAUAUCUGCAUGAGAAUAAAUGGAAGGAGCAAGAAAAUACCUUGAAAAAUGAAGAAACAAUUGCUGAAUCAGGGAGAAUAUUUAUCAGAAAUCUUUCAUACACUGUCAGAGAAGAUGAUAUUGAAAAAUUAUUCAGUAAAUACGGACCUCUUACGGAAGUUGUUAUGCCUGUUGACAGGCUUACCAGAAAAACAAAAGGGUUUGGAGUAGUGACUUUCUUGAUGCCUGAACAUGCAGCUAAAGCGUAUACAGAACUGGAUGGAUCUGUUUUUCACGGCAGAAUGCUACACUUACUACCAGGAAAAGCAAAAAAGACUUUGGAAGAGAUGUUACAAAUGGAGGGCCUUACCUUCAAGCAGAAAAAGAUGUUGAAAAUGAAGGCAGAAGCAGCAUCUUCACACAACUGGAAUACUUUAUUUUUGGGUCAGAAUGCUGUAGCUGAUGUUAUAGCAGACACAUACAACACUACAAAAGACAAGGUCUUGGAUCCAAGAGGACCUGAAAGUUUAGCUGUCCGUCUUGCUUUGGGAGAAACACAGAUAGUGACAGAAACAAGAGAUUUCCUAAUUGAAAAUGGUGUUCAUCUUGAUGCUUUUAACCAGACCCCGAAAGCGAGAUCCAAGACUGUAAUUUUAGCUAAGAAUUUGCCUGCAAAGACAAGCUUACAAGAAAUCAAAAAUCUAUUUGGUAAAUAUGGAGAGCUGGGAAGAGUGAUUUUACCACCAAGUGGAGUUACAGCAAUUAUUGAAUUCUUGGAGCCUUCAGAAGCACGAACAGCUUUCAUGAAGUUAGCAUACACAAAAUUUAAGCAUCUCCCUCUUUAUUUAGAGUGGGCUCCCUCAGAUGCUCUGAAGGAAGCACAAAUGAAAAAAGAUGAUGAUUCAGUACAUCAAGCAGUGAAUGAAGGAGAGAAUAAGGGGGAAAACAGCAUUUGUGCUGCAACCAAAACUGUGAAAGAGAGUGAUAAACUGACUAAAAAGUCUGAUUUUGCAAAGGAAACUGAUGAGUGUGAGGAGGAUGAUGAACCUCCUGAACAGGAUACAGUCUUGUUUAUUAAAGGUCUUAAUUUCAACUCAAGGGAAAAAGAUGUGAUAGAGCAUUUCAGACAUUGUGGUCCAGUACAUUAUGUGACAAUUGCAAUGAAAAAAGAUCCAAAAAGCCCAGGGAAGAUGCUAUCAAUGGGGUAUGGCUUUAUUCAGUUUAAGCAUAAGGAAAGUGCCGAUAAAGCCUUAAAGACACUCCAGCAUUCUGUUAUUGAUGGCCAUAGCAUUGAACUGAAGCGUUCAAACAGGACACUAAAAAAUGAAGUUGUUACAGCCAGGAAGAAAACAAAAAUAGGAAAGCAAACUGGAACAAAAAUCUUGGUUCGCAAUGUUCCUUUUCAAGCUACGAAGAAGGAAAUCUUUGAUCUCUUCAAGACUUUUGGUGAACUUAAGGCUGUCCGUCUUCCUAAAAAGAUGGUAGGCACUGGACAACACAGAGGUUUUGCAUUUAUUGACUAUCACACAAAGCAUGAUGCAAAGAGAGCAUUUAAGACACUUUGUCAGAGCACACAUUUAUAUGGCCGACGACUUGUGCUGGAGUGGGCAGAAACUGAGGAGAAUGUUGAUGAACUAAGGAAGAGAACUGCUGAGCAUUUCCUAGAUGAGCUGCCUAGCAAGAAUCUAAGGAAAAGUACAGUUUCAAUUGAAGAAAUGGAAAAUAGCUGAGGAAUGAAAACUAGUUUUCAAUAUAGGUAGUGGAAAUGUGACAUAGGUAGUGGAUGACAUCAUGUAUUGAAAAUGUGCUUUGUAUUCAGUCACUGAGUAAAUCGGUGAAUUCUUUCAGUUAAUUUUAUACAAUCUGCAUGUAAAUUAAGUAAAAAUAUUCAAUUCUUUGUACAAAUAUAUUAUUUCUCUAUGAAA